UUGUAUAGUUGUGGUUACGUAGAAAUGAUGACUAAUCUCACUAGUCUUAUAAGAGGGAAUUCCUUCCUUCAUUCUUGAAGGAGCAACUCUACAAGAUCCUGUGGAACAGAGAAAUCUGAAGACAGAAUGAUUAGUAUUAUUUGGCUGGCCUAUUAUUAUUAUUAAUGAAUGACUGAACAACCAUAUAGCACAUCCAAGGACAACAUGAGGAAACUCCUGCCAUGUAUAUUGAUAUUACUGAUCGUGGGCGUUGUGACGGGGCAGCGCAGUGUCAGCAGUAAAAGGGAUUGUUCUAAAAAUGAAUACUGGAGUGACGGGCUCUGCUGUGACAAAUGCGCUCCAGGCUAUAAGUUGAUAAAGGAAUGCUCUAGUGGCGUGCAAUCUGAAUGUGAGAAAUGUUCAGACGGGACGUACCAAGACAACAUGAACUAUUUCCCAAACUGCUUCAGAUGCCAGAAAUGCAGCAAGCGUCAUGCAGUGGUGAUUUCACCAUGCACACACCAAAAUAACACAGUUUGUGGAUGUAAGCCAGGACACCGCAUGCGGUUAUUAGAUGGGUUCUCCAGGAUUUCAUGGGAUUGUGUGUCCUUGAAUAGGACUAAAAUCCAGACAUUGUGAGAAUGACAUUCACACUGCAGACAAAAGUGGCCCAAAUCUGACUUUUUUGGGGUCAAGAGACCAGGUCAGACUUCUUCAGAGAUAGUGUGAACACUCAAAUCUAGCCCAGAUCUGAUCUUUUUAAAUCAGACCACAUUCAUAUGUAGUCCUGAAUCAGAUACAGAUCUGAUUUUUUUUCAAUGUGUCCACAGUGUGAACAACCAAGGCGGAUUUAAUGCGACUCUGACAUCUGCAUCUGAUAUUUGACACAAUUAUGCACCGGCGAGUAUAAGCACUAGACACAACAGACACAGACAGUAACAUUAAAAACUUGAAUACAUAGGAGAACAGUGAUGGAGCGAGUCAAUGGAGGGAGAGUGUGGUGUUAGUCCUAAUUAAUAUAUGGGCUAAUUAAUAAAUAGCCAAUUUUGCUUUCUUUCUCUUCAUUCUUCUGCUCAUCAUCACCUGCUCAUUAACUUUACAGCUUCCAUUACAUAGACAUUUAGAAAUAAAAGCGUAAAUGCUUACUUCCUCCAUAACCACACGAACAUUAGUGCAACAGUGUGCUGCGUAAAGUGCGUAUGUGAUUGUUGUUCUUUUGCGCAUGUGGGUUAGUUUGAAACAUGCAAACAGUUCACAUUGGAAUCAUAUAUAGGUCACAUUUUAAAAGGUAAUGUGAACAGCCAAAAACAAAAAUCGGAUCUGAGCAAAAAAUCUGAAUGAGCAUUAAGACUUGCAGUGUGAACGGGGCCUUAUUGCUGAAGUAUACAGGUCUACCUCUAACUACUGUCUGGCAUGAAACAAUAAACUUACCUCUGACAAAAGUGCUGAAAUAAAUAUAUUUGUUUAUUUA